AUGGAAACAGUUACACCUGCAAACUACAUACCUUUACCUUGUGCGCCUUUAGCCGUGUUUAAUAGCAACACGAGAGACGUGUGUAGCUUGGCUAAAGGAGGAACAAUACCCACUGCCUCUUCCAUUUCAGAACCUUUGAUUGAGAAAACGUUCCGUUCAAGUUCGGACGGCUCUACCUUUUCAGUCUUUGGUCAAUCGGCCUCGCACGCAGGAAGACCAAUAUCCGUCAGUUUGAAGUGUAUUGGCUCCCCAUUUUCCCUGUCAAGUACAUGGGUCACUUCCGAUGUCCAAGAAAAAUUUUUCCAGGCGUUCCAAGCAGAACUGACCAUGCAGGCGGAGUUGAUGGUGACAUCCCUUGCCACUAGGCGUAACAACGCUCAUCUGCGUAACCUUGGUCUGGAUUUGCUCAUCUUGCGGGCAAAGCUAUGCCGCGCCCAAGCUGAGAUGGAGCUCUACAUGAUGGCCUUUGAAAAUUCUCAUGUGUGCAGCUUCUGUGACAAUAGUUUCUCAACGUCCCCAGAUCCGAUUGUUCCACGAUGUCUACCUGAGGAAGUAGACCUUAUCCAGGAUCACGAGGACGAUGAAGACGAGGAUGACGACAGUGAUGGCUCGGGCAGCGAAGACUAUGAUGAUAUCGACGUUUGGGUGCCAUGA